UUUCGACGGGAAAACUUCCGCUUCCUGCUACAAUGAGCAUUACAGAAAUCAGGAAGAGAUCCAGAUUUUUCUCAGGUACAACGCAAUGGCAAAGAACUUCAUUCGCGUUAUCGUACCUCUUGUCUUUUCCUCAUCCGUCGUGUACUUUGCAAAGCCUCUCUUUGUCCACUUUACGUCAAUUCAAGAAAAUGACACGAUUGCUUUCAACCUGCCUUACCGCGUUCAUUUGUUCUACAACAUCUCGAACGCAGCCGUCUACACACUGAUCUACGCUCUUCAAGCUCCAUUAGUCCUGAUUGCAACAUGUGGCUACACGGGGUCCGAUUGCUUGUUGGUAACCUUGACGCUCCAUGUUUGUGGCGAACUAUCCGUUCUUGCCAAUCGUGUGGAAAACUUGAACUGCGAUACCCAAGGAUGUAAGGAAAAUAUAGGAGCUCUUGUCAGGAAGCACGUUCAAUUAAUUAGGAUGACAAGGUCCUUGGAAGAAGCUUUCAAUACCGUUCUCCUAGGACAACUGUUUGGUGGCACCUUUCUGAUUUGCUUUCUUGGAUACAACGUACUCGCGAACACAACCGAAGGCCAAGAGACGGACUUACUUAAUUUUUCACUUUACGGCUUCUCGGUGGUCGUAUUACUCUUCGUUUAUUGUUACAUCGGCGACUGUCUCACGAACGAGAACGUUAAAUUACGGAAUGCAUUUUUCAACUGCCGGUGGUACAACCUCACAACUAAAGAGUCGAUGAUGUUUGUUACAUGCAUCAUCCAGUCCCAAAAGUCGCUCCACCUCACCGCUGGAAAGUUCUACGUCUUUUCCUUGGCAAGAUUUUCCGACGUAAUAAGAAGUUCGGCGGCUUACCUGUCGGUGUUACGGAAUCUCCUGUAGGAUGACUCAGCCACCGAUUGU